AACUCUACGAUUCAGAAUUGUUAAUGCGCAAUAUUGAUCCAGACGAAUUCAACAAGCUGAUUCUACUCAAACAAAUAUUUAACGAUAAUUUGUGUACCUUUUAGUAUUUCGUGCCUGACAAUUCAAAAUUCAUUGUAUACACCAUUGAAUGUUAGUGGACGAGAGGGAAUUCUCAUUUUUGUUAUUGACUCUCGGGUUAUCGUGGUGCGGUAGAUAACCAUUUUAACCAUCGGUGAUGUGACUCAUAUUUUGCUGUAUGUUAGUAUAGCAGUGCCAUCGACGUAUAGGUGGUUGUCAGACGAAGUUUCUCAAUUUAAUUAUAAGGUGUAGCGAAAUAGUUGUAAAAAGGCUAAAUAAACGAAACAAUUAUAAGUAAUACGCGAUUGUAUCCGGUGCAACAAAAUGUUUCGUAGUUCGGCUAACUUUGAUAAAUUAUUGGAUAAAGCGACCAGUCAAUUGCAGCUUGAGCCUGACUGGGUUCCGAUUCUUCAAAUAUGUGAUUUAAUUCGUCAGGGUGAUGUACAACCUAAGGUGGCACUUGCAGCAAUCAAGAAGAAAAUGACCAAUCCUAAUCCCCAUGUGGCUUUGUAUGCUCUAUUGGUCUUGGAAUCUUGUGUAAAAAAUUGUGGUACAUUGAUUCAUGAUGAAAUUGGUACCAAACAAUACAUGGAACAAUUGAAAGAACUAGUAAGAACAACAACUCAUGAAAAUGUUAAACUUAAAACUUUAGAAUUGAUUCAAGCCUGGGCGCAUGCGUUUCGUAAUCGCCUUAAAUAUAGAGCAGUCCAAGACACACUUAAUAUCAUGAAAGCUGAAGGAUAUAAAUUUCCUACUUUGAAAGAAAGUGAUGCUAUGUUUAUUGCUGAUACUGCUCCAGUAUGGGCAGAUGGUGAUGGCAGAUGCCAUCGUUGUAGAGUUUCAUUUAGCGUAGUGCAAAGAAAACAUCAUUGUAGAGCAUGUGGUCAAGUAUUUUGUGGUCAGUGUUCAAGUAAAGCUUCCACUUUGCCUAAGUUUGGAAUUGAGAAAGAAGUCCGAGUUUGUGAAGCUUGUUAUGAGCAAGUUAAUAAACCUUCUGCAGUGCAAAUUAAAGAAGCUGAUUUACCUGCUGAAUAUCUUAACAGCUCUUUGGCUCAACAACAGCAGGUGCCACCUAAAAAGACAGCAGCAGAACUUCAGGAGGAAGAAGAACUAAAUCUUGCUAUUGCCUUAAGUCAAAGUGAAGCGGAACAUAAAGAAACAGAAAAGAAACGGACCACUAAUACAAUCAAGACAAAUACAAGCACUUCGAAUAGGGCAACAUAUUCUCCACCACCAUCACCUGGUCCAAGUCCUUCGAAAUUGCAUGAAGAGGAAGAAAUUGAUCCUGAGCUUGCAAAAUAUUUAAAUCGAAAAUAUUGGGAACAACGACAAACUGCGAUAGAAGAGCACGUUUCCCGAGUCGAUGUCACGAGUCCCUCUGCUCCAAAUAUAAGUAGUCCGAUGCCACAGAAAAUUGUAGUCGCGAAACAACAAAAUGGAGAGGUUGAUAGUGAAAUGGAGGGCUUCGUUAAUGCUCUACGAUCACAAGUCGAAAUAUUUGUUAAUAGAAUGAAGAGUAAUUCAUCUCGAGGCAGAUCGAUUGCUAAUGAUAGUUCAGUUCAAACGUUGUUUUUAAACAUCACUGCUAUGCAUUCAAGAUUAUUGAGAUACAUCCAAGAACAAGAUGAUAGCAGAGUAUACUACGAGGGUCUUCAAGACAAACUCACACAAAUGAAAGAUGCCAGAGCUGCUCUAGAUGCUUUACGAGAGGAACAUAGAGAAAAAUUGAGAAGACAAGCAGAGGAAGCUGAAAGACAACGACAAAUGUUAAUGGCUCAAAAAUUAGCAAUCAUGAGGAAAAAGAAACAAGAAUAUUUACAGUAUCAGCGCCAAUUGGCUUUACAGAAAAUUCAGGAACAAGAAAGGGAAAUGCAGAUGAGACAAGAGCAACAGAAACAACAAUAUAUAAUGGGUGGCUAUCAAGCUGUACCCGGUUACAUGGGGCCGUCUCAAGGUUCACCCGUUCGCCAUGUUCAAUAUCAAGGACCUGGAUCCAAUUAUAAUCCUAUGUCUCCAACCAAUCAAGGGUACAUGUAUGGGCAGCCACCUGUAAAACAGUAUCCAAUGCAAGGAUACAAUAUGCCUUCAAUGAAUGCUAUGCCACCUCAUAUGAUGGGACCAAUUCCUAAUCAAGAACCGCAACCAACUGAUCCUUCUGUUCCAGCGCAGGAAGCCUUAGGUCGAGUUACCGUUUCCGGUCCCGGAAUAAUGUCUCAAAUGACAAAUCCCAUACCGCAACUACAGCAACCAGGUGGCCAUCAAAUGGGACCACCACCGGCACAGCCAGGUGGUCAUAUGACGCAACCACAACCUACAGCAGGACAUAUCCCACCUCAACAAGGUAUUCCCCCACAAAUCACGCAACCAGGACCACCAAGCCAAAUGGGUAUACCUCAGGUACCUCCACAAGGUCACAUAGGACCUCCUACACAAAUGGGCCCUGGAUCACAUGGUCCACCAGGUCAAGUGGUCGGUCUUCCACCUCAGAUGGGACCACAACCACCUACGUUACCAGGUCCUCAAGGAUCUUCAAUGCAGUCACACAUUUCGAACCCUCCUAUUUCAUCUCAAGAAGCAGGUACCAUUAAAGUGGUACCGCCCGGAACUGCACCUGGGCCAAUUCUUACAUCGAACCAAACCAUGCAAGGCCCGCAAGGACCUCCUAAUUUACCAACAAUGCCUCAAGGUAUACCUCAAAACGCGGUUUCUCAAGGACAGCAAUUGCAAUAUCAGCCUCUAACUUCAAUGCCACCCUCAUCAAGUGAAACUGUGCAAGUGAAAGAAAACUCAAAGCCUGAAACAGCGGAGUUAAUUUCCUUUGAUUGAAAAAAUAUGGAUAAAUAUUUAUCGAUAAUUAGAAAUGCAUUUAAGGUAAUUUCCAGUUUAACAUAAAUUUUUAUUUUAAAUUAGUAUUGAUAAUUUUAGUUACUAAAAAAAAAUUUUACUUUUAACAUAAUAGAAAUUAAUAGCAAUUGUUGACCUCUUGCGGUUAAGAAUUCUCUUUUAAAUGUCGAAGAUACUUUCCAUAAGAUUAUACAUGGAGAAGAAAUAUAUAUAUACAUUGUUUUACUUUUUUAUUUUCUUAAACAAUGAAAUUACUCGUGAAAUGUCCUAAUGGUAUUGACUUCCAACUUAUGAGUAAACUGGAUGUCUCUCACUUGAUAUGGAUCGUCCACAGAAAGUUAAAUGUUUAGUAAUAUAUACUAUAAACAUUUAUUUAGCAAACCUUAUAUACGUUAUGCAAUUUUUUAAUAAGGAUUAAAAUUGAUUUGGGAUCUAAUGUUAAUUUAAAAGUAAAUAUAUCUAUAUACAUUUCAUAAUCAUCAAUGGAGGACUGCUUAAUUUUCGUAAAAUGAAAACCCAAUAUAUAGAAAGAAAAAAAAAUGGUUUUGUUGGUAUUUAUUUUAAUUUAUAGAAAUUUCAAGCAGUAAUAUGUACAUACAUUAAAUAUAAGACUUAGUUGGAGAAUCGCUAGUGGCAAGUUAUAAUAUUUAAACAGAAAAGGUCAACUUCUACUUCACUCACGCAUAUAUAUAUAUAUGCUGGGAUGAAAAUGUAUAUACAGAUACUUAUACAGUAGAAAGGAACUGAAAAUAGUUUCAUUAAUAGUCGACCUUUUAAUGAAUUCACAUUACCUUGUCUUUUUUUACAACAUUAUCCCCAAGAGUUCCAUUAAAUGAACGAUCAAAUAUGGGAACUCCUUCAUGUUAUUAUUUAGAAAGUAUCUAUAGUAAAACUUUUUAUUACACAGAACAAGGAUUUCUUUCAUUAAAUUAAGAUUCCAUGUACAUUUCCAUUUCUUCCUUAAAUUCUUGAAAAAAAGUUUAAUUGAAACUGUGUUUUAUGUUUUGUUUUUCUUUUAUUUAAUUCUCACAAUCAUACUGUUUCCACUUGACCCUUUCUACGUGGUUUCACUUCUUUCGGGCAGGUAAACGAUGUCUCUUCAGAAUGUUUUCUGAUCACAGUUGAGGGUUCGCCAUUGGUUGAACAAGUAGAAACUGGACCUUCUUUCUUUUCUGGACACA